AUGGCUGCUUUCUUUCAACAAAUGGCUGGAAACGUGCAAGCACAACCACCAGUUCAACCCCAAUCUCCAGUAAGACAAUAUGAAAAGUUGAUGAAGUAUGGAGCAACAGAAUUUAAGGGCACAACAUAUCCUCUAGAAGCAAAACAAUGGUUAGAGAGGAUGGAAAGGCCUCCAGUCCUGACCUGGGGAGAUUUCCUCAAAGAAUUCAGACAGAAGUAUGUCCCAGAUACACAUGUUGACAUGAAGCUUCAGGAGUUCUUGAGUUUGAAGCAAGGAAAUAGAAAUAUAGCUAAGUAUGAGAGAGAAUUCUCCUAUCUAAGCCACUAUACGGGGAGUCUACUUACCAUCAGCAGGUACAGAUGCAAGAGAUUUGAAGCUGGUUUGAGGCCUAGUAUAAGGUUGCAAGUAGUUGGGUUCUGGCAUGAGAACUUCUCUGAAUUGAUAUCUCAAGCCCUUAAGUUAGAAAGGAUAGAAGUGGAAGGGGCAACUGAGAAGGGAGAAAAGGAAAAAGGGGUGAAGACUGGUGGCUAG